UUCUCAUUCCUCAUGCUGCGUAACCGAGACAUAGUCUUACCUCAGCUCUUUAAGCCAAUUUGAUUUCCAAUGCAUCUGUUCUGUCUGCUUGUUUGCAGGUACUGAUUCCAUUGUUUAAAAAUAUAUACAUGAGUGUUACGGUAGCAAAGAACUCCAAGGGUCCGGUAGCAGUCUUAUUUUUCCAGGAUUUAGCUUCACCUGUUUCCACCCGUAGAGGAAAAGUUUCAAGUCCCGGUCAGGCAGCUGCAGUAUCUGCACUGUGGCGUGAGAACUUUGGCAGUUCUGACCUUCCUCCUCCACCUGUUUUCACCUUGGAGGACAGAUCAGACUUUUCUCCUGAAUCAGGCAUACUAGAUUAUCAAGUAUCACCUGAGAAGUCAGACACGAGAACUCCUAUCCAAACUUCCAAUAGGAAUUUCAACUCCUGGGAAAACAAAUCUGAGGCUAGCACAUCUUAUGCUUUGAGAGGGGACAAACAAAACCAGCAGACCUCGCCGGGUUUGAGUUGUGGUCACCUGCAACUGCAAAGAGUGGUGGGGAACCAAGAUGAGAAGGGAAAAAUUCACUCAUUUGGAGGGUGUGGUUCAGCCUGGUGCUUUGAUACUCUUCCUCCACCGCCUGGAAAGUGUCCAGGACCUGAGGUUCAGAGGAAUUCGUUGUCCAGCUGGGAAUCUGCAAGAGAAGAAUGGGUAACUGUAUAUGGGUUUUCACCAGGUGAUACUAACAUGGUUUUAAGAGAGUUUGAAAAAUGUGGUGAAAUUUUGAAACAUGUUCCUGGUCCUAGAGAUGCUAACUGGAUGCACAUUUUGUAUCAGAAUCGAUCCGAUGCACAUAAAGCUCUUAACAAGAAUGGAAUGCAAAUUAAUGGAGUACUAAUUGUUGGUGUGAAACUGUUGGAUCCCAUGCAACGCCAAGCUUUAAAUGAAAGGCUUAAUAAUCAAGGAUUUAUGCCCUUACCUCUACCCUCUGUUAGAAAUUCAGAAGUGAGCACAUUGAAAGCGCCUGCUCGAUCUUACUAUGCGCAGAAUGGCAACUCCACUGCACGGCAGACCGGAGGAACCAUUGCUUCCCCAACAAAAUCUUUGGUGUCCAAAAUCAUGGACUUGAUGUUUGGAGUCUAAAUUAGCUGUUCAGCUGAAUCAAAUUAAGUAUCGUUCUGUUUUGUUGUAAGCAAUGAUUUUACUUUCUUCGUACACCUUGAAGAAGUUCGGCAUGUCUUGUUCAUUGGAUUGAGUUGGAAUAUAUACUCUAUGGAUCUCAAUUGUUAGAAUUUGUGGCAUUUGAGUGUAUCAAUUUUAUCAAUAAUUACACUACACAGAUCAGUGCUCCUGUGUUUUGAGAAACAAGAACACAAUAUAUAAGUAAAUGUCGAUGUAAGUCUGAUGAUUGUCCAUGCACUUGAGAUUUUUUGUUAUAGCAUAAUGUUUGAUUCA